AUGGCUGACCCUUUAUCGACCAUAGCCAGCAUCAUUGCAGACGCUAAGGGCGACAUCGAUAGGCUUAGCGUCGAGGUGGCUAAUAUCAACGGGCUGGUUGAAAGAGUUGGAGCGUUGAUCCGCGACCCAAAGUUUUAUGGACUUUCUGAGAACAAAGACUUAGCGGGCGCACUUGAGGGCUGCCAGGAUGAAUUAAGAAAGCUCCAAAGCAAACUCGAUUCGCAAAAGCUAAAGGAACACUCGCGCCUCAGUCUGUUCAAACGUACGAAAUGGCCAUUCGCUAAGACUGGCGUGGUUGAAACGAUCAACAAUCUAGAAAGAUGGAAGGGCUCGAUUAACUUAUUCCUGAAUGUGGACCAGACGGAUACAAUACGAAACGUUAACCAAAAGUUCGACUUGGCAGGCCUCUUAAUUGCUGAAACAGCAGCCUAUGGGAAUUUCGCGGACCGACAUGAACCUGAAUGCCUACCUAGCACGAGAGUUGAGCUACGGAAACGCAUCGAAGAAUGGGUAGACGCUCCACGCGGCGCGGGCGUUGGCGAAUGCAUUUUCUGGCUAAGUGGUGUUGCUGGGACUGGAAAAUCCACGAUCUCGCGGACAACCGCAAAGGAACUUCGUGAAAAGGGCCAACUCGCAGCGAGUUUCUUCUUUAGGAGAGGCGAAAAAGACAGAGGAGGAGCCGCCCGACUUUUUACGACUCUAGCAUCCCAACUGGCAAAUAAUAUUGUCGAUGUUAGGCGAAACAUACAGAAAGCUAUCGAAACGGACCCGAACAUUUCAAGUAUGGGCCCCGGGGAGCAAUUCACCAAAUUGAUCUUGCAACCUCUCCGCGAUUCACAGGAACCCGAGGAUCAGUCUCGAUAUGACAAGAUUAUUAUCGUGAUUGAUGCACUAGACGAAUGCGAUGAAGAAAAGGACCAGCAACUUAUUAUCUCUCUUCUCUCGCAGUUGAAGGACUUAAAGCAGUUUGAUGUCCGUAUCUUCUUGACGAGUAGACCUGAGCUACCUAUCCGUCUUGGCUUCAAAGACCUCUCUAAGGGCAUCCACAAGAAUGUCAUCCUCCACGAAGAGUCUGGGACUGACCGGGACAUCGGUAUUCUACUAAAUGAUGAGUUUUCAAAGAUACGAAAAGCUCGGGAUCUCCCCUCUGAUUGGCCGGGUCAGGAUAUCAUACAAAAGCUGGUAGAGAUAGCCGUACCGUUAUUUAUCUUUGCAGCGACAGCUUGCCGUUUCAUCGCCGAUGAGAAUUGGGAUCCCCAGGAACAGGUCAAACUUGUGAUGGAAUCUCAAACAGACUUGAGCGAGGAUGUGGAGAAAACCUACACACCGAUCCUCAAACGACUGAUUGAGAAUCAAAAAUCUAUCGCUUUGAAAAGACUGGAAUCGGAGUUCAGACAGAUAGUUGGGACGAUCGUGAAUCUUGCGAGCCCGCUUUCAGUCCCAUCACUUGCGCGGCUUUUAUCGGUAUCAGAGACAACGAUUGACCUUCGGCUUAAAAAACUACACUCCGUACUUAACAUACCCGGGGAAUCAAGCCGCCACGAGCCCGUCAGAACUUUCCAUUUAUCUUUCCGUGAUUUUUUAAUAAGUCAGCAUCUCCAUGGCCACGCGGAGUUGUCACGGUUAUGGAUAGAUGUAAAAAAAACACACGGAAUGCUCGCUACUAGGUGUAUCGAGCUUAUGUCGAAUACUGAGGGCCUAAAGCAGGAUAUCUGCUGUUUAAACUUACCUGGAAUAUUCCGAUCAGAAAUCGACGAAGAGACCAUACAAAAACAAGUAUCUCCGGAACUUCAAUAUGCCUGUCGUAACUGGGUAUAUCACCAAACCCAAAGCGAAGAAAGCAUUUGUGAUGAUGAUAUAGUGCAUACAUUUCUGGAACGGAGUCUCCUUUAUUGGCUAGAGGUGGAAAGCCUUCUUGGCGAUAUGGAAAAUACAAUUCAAAUGAUUAAUAACCUGAAAACGAUUACAGAUGCUCUGAAAGGCAAGAAACUUUUGGCUUUACUGCAUGAUAUAAAGAGAUUCUUGCUUCAAAAUAAAUAUAUCAUUGCCAAAGCUCCUUUGCAGACAUAUGUGUCGGCAAUCAUGUUCGCUCCGGAAGAGAGUCUUGUUAGAAAGUUAUUCAGCCCCGAAAAAAUGAUUCCGUGGGUCCGCCAAUUCCCCCGGAUGGAAAAAACAUGGGACCCUCUGCUGCAAACACUCGAAGGACACAUAUACACUAUUUUUGCCGUGGCGUUCUUUGAUGGUAUUAUAGCGUCUGUUAGUGCAGGUGAUUCUUCGAUUAGGCUGUGGAGCGCAAGUACUGGAGCCGCAUUGCGGACGAUACGGGGCUUGCAUUUUAAACCUAACAGUAUAAGGAAUUUAGCGUUUUCUCCAAAUGGUAUCCUGGCGUUGACGUCCGGUAGCGUGAUUGAAAUGUGGAAUACCGAUACCGGAGAGCUGAUAAGGAACUUAAACGGGCACACCGAUAUUGUUAAUGCCAUAGCUUUCGCGUCCAAUUCUAGCGGAAUUUUGGCAUCAGGUUCCGAUGACAUGACAGUCAAGCUUUGGGAUGCGGAUUGGACAUUGCGUCGAACGCUUGAAGGACAUGCAAAUAGAAUAACAUUUAUAGCGUUUUCUGGCUGUAUUUUGGCGUCAGCUUCCGGGGAUGAUGAUAUCAGGUUAUGGGAUAUAGAUGGGGUGCUGCUUCACGUGCUGGAGAGCCCUACCUGUUCGGUGACAGCAUUGGCAUUUUCUUCUGAUGGUCUAUUGGUUUUAGGCCUUUGGAACGGUACUGUCAAGCUGUGGGACAAGGAUGGAAAUUUUUUACAGUCCCUAGAACAUACGUCGUUUAUUCGGACCGUCGGGUUUUACAAAGAAAAUACGUCGUCUAUUCGGGCCGUCGGGUUUUACAAAGAACUUGUAGUAUCUAUAGCUGGCGACAGCACAAUCAAGUUGUGGGAUCGCAAUGGAGCGCUUUUACGAACAUUGAAAGGAUAUGGUUUCGGUUUGAGAACAUCGGUUUUUACUUCGGAUGGUAUUUUGGUGGGUGGAUGCGAUGAUGGGACUAUCAGAUUGUGGGAUUUAAAUGAGUCCCAGCUGCGGGUCUCGGGCGAGCGUACGGAUAAGGUUCGGGACGUAUCCUUUUCUCCUGAUGGUAAAAUUCUGGCGUCCACAACUAUUCGUGAAAAGUGUAUCAAACUUUGGAGUGAGGAAGGAGAGCUGGUGCGGACAAUAAAACCGCAUGAAGAAGGGGCUUCAGACAUGGCUUUUUUACUGGACGGGCGUGUUUUGGCGUCGGGAUCCAAAGAUGGGAUUAAGAUAUGGAGUACGGACGAUGGAUCGCUACUGCGGACUUUUAUCAACAGUGGAUCCGGAGACUCAAGAAUCAAUUUAGUCCUUCCUUCUGACGGUAAAGUUCUAGUGUCUGCAACGGGAGGAGGAAAAGUGGGAGUUUGGAGUUUAGACGGAGAGCUACUGCAGAGCUGGAGUAGAGGCAGCAUCAUGGAAGCACCUCUUGCAAUCUCGUUUGAUGGUAAAUUUCUGGCAUCUACUGUUGGUUUAGGCAUCGAACUGUGGGAUGCGGCUUCUGGGUCACUACUGUGGACAUUUUUCGGUCACACAGCACCUUUGGGAAUGGUAGCGUUUUCCUCUGACGAUAAGAUUCUGUUGUCUGCAUCUUAUUACGAUCUAACAGUCAGGCUGUGGGACGUCGGGACCGGGAAGCCGCUGGAGACGUAUGCAGAUUCAGCGGACCUUCUCGAAUUCAUAUCCGACACUAAUAUCAAUACGGUGAAUCUAUGGGACGCACGUACCCUAGCGCGAUUGAGAACCUUUGCCGUGGGGCGCCUGGACAAUAAAAAAAAUCAGCGACAUGAAAGAGUGGAACGGAGCCAUAUUAUCGUUGAGGGGGAAUGGCUGAGUCGGGGUCGAAAUAGGAUUUGGCUUCCGCCUGAUUAUAGAUCGGUCCGCUUCGAGAUCCAAGAUCGAACAUGGGAUAUUUGUGGCGAUAGAGUUGCUUUAGGUCAUCACUCUGGUCAGGUUUCGUUGAUUGGAUUCAAGUCCUAG